AUGCUCCUCCCAGUGCUUUUGGCCCCCAUUCUUGCCUUCAAUGGCCUUGUGCAGGGUGCCAAGUUACCUGUUGUCGAUCUUGGGUAUGGACUCCAUCAAGCAAUAGGAUACAACGAGACCUUUGACUUCUAUAACUUCUCCAACAUCCGAUAUGCUCGGCCUCCGACCGGCAGUCUUCGCUUCACAGCCCCCCAGCCUCCUUUGACGAACCGAACAUUGCAGGAUGGCAGCUCCGGAGGUAUCUGUCCUCAAUCGUACCCGGUUUGGUAUCUCUGUGGCCUGGCUUUGCUCAGCGGCUCCAUCAAUUCCACCGAUGCCUGCGAUGCCAGCCUCAUUCCCAAACCUGAGCCCACAGAACAAGAGGAUUGUCUCUUCCUGGAUGUCAUAGUCCCGAAACAGAUCUUUGCAAAUGCCAGCACAAAACAUACCACAGGAGCGCCGGUGAUGGUCUGGGUGUACGGAGGUGGAUUUACAUUCAGCAAGAUGUAUCAGGAUGGGAAUCCCGUUGGGCUUAUCCAGAGAAGCCGGGAAGAAGACCCCAGUGGCAAAGGUGUUAUCUACGUUACCUUCAAUUAUAGGGGGGGUGCUUUUGGUUUCCUAUCAGGGCCCAACGUUCAAUCGAAUGGUACGGCCAACGCUGGCCUGCUUGAUCAGCGCAUGGCGCUCGAGUGGGUGCAGCAGUACAUCCAUCUCUUUGGAGGUGAUCCGAAACAAGUCACCGUAUUUGGACAGUCCGCUGGAGCCGGAUCCAUCAUGCACCAGAUCACCGCGUAUGCGGGCUUGAAGGGACCAGCACCUUUCCAGAGGGCGAUCUUGCAGUCCCCCGGCUUUGAACCAUUCCCCAGCCACUGGGAGCAGGACAAUCUGCUGCAGAAGUAUCUGGGACUGCUCAACGUGUCGACAAUUCAAGAAGCUCGCGGACUCCCCUUCGCCGCUCUCUCCGCCGCCAACGUGGAACUCGUCGCGUCAUCCCCAUACGGAACGUUCACAUUCGCGCCUGCGGUCGACGGCGACUUUGUGCCUAGCCUGCCCGGCAAUCUACUAGCGCAGGGAAACUACGAUACAUCUGUCCAAAUCAUGACGGGCUUCAACGCGCACGAGACAUUGUACUUUACCAACCCGGACAGCACCAACAACUCCAUCUUCCUGUCCAGCAUCACGGCCACGUUCCCGGGCAUCCAGCCCUCGGUUUCGGACUACGUGGCCCAGACACUCUACCCGCCCAUCUUCAACGGGAGCUAUCCGUACACCUCGUUCUUUGAGCGCGCAGAGCUCACGCUGCAGGAAAGCGCCUUCACGUGCAACACGUUCUUCCUCCAAACGGCCGCCAACCGCAAAUUGAAUUCCGUCCAGGCAGAAGACUACGGCUACCGCUUCAGCGUCCCGCCCGCCUACCACGGCCAAGAUGUCGCGUACACGUACUACAACCCCGCGACGGCCUCUCCAAACGUCAACGCCACCAUCGCCCUCCUCAUGCAGCGCGCCCUGACACGGUUCGCGCUUACGGGCAAACCGAACCGCAAGGGCGACGCUGUGGGGACCACGAUGCCCGUGUACCAGGGGACGUCGACGGCCGCGGCCGGCAAGAUCCUGGACAUGAACGUCACGGGCUUGACUGUGAUUGCGGAUCCCAAUGACAAUGACCGCUGUCGCUGGUGGCAGAAGUCGCUGUACUACUGA